UCCCAGGAAACAAAUCGUUCUUUUGUCUUACGCGCCGUCAAAGUCGUGGUCUGCGAAGACCGCCCGGUUUCAGUGCUCAAGGAUCCUUGGGAUGUGCGAGUACAUGUUGCACAGACGGGUAUCUGUGGAAGUGAUGUACACUACUGGCAGCGAGGACGCAUCGGAGACUUUAUUUUGAACUCUCCCAUCGUCCUCGGCCAUGAAAGCUCUGGCACUGUUGUUGAGGUCGGCUCUACAGUGAAGAAUCUCAAGGUAGGCGAUCGUGUCGCUAUUGAACCGGGCGUUCCAUGCAGACAUUGUGACUACUGUCGCAGCGGCUCAUAUAAUCUCUGCCCUGACACCGUCUUCGCCGCGACUCCCCCGCACGACGGCACACUCUCCAAGUAUUACAACACGCAGGCAGAUUAUUGCUAUCAACUCCCGCGGCACAUGGACUUGGAAGAAGGUGCUCUGGUGGAGCCGGUGGCUGUCGCGGUACAGAUCACCAAGGUGGGUAAUGUGAGGCCCAACCAGACAGUCGUGGUCUUUGGUUGCGGACCCAUUGGACUGCUCUGCCAGGCCGUGAGCAAGGCAUACUCCGCAAAGAAAGUAAUUGGGGUGGACAUCAGUCAGUCACGGGCAGAUUUUGCCCGUACAUUCGGGGCAGAUGACGUAUUUAUUCCUCCCUCCAAGCCUGAUGGCAAGGAAGAGACGGCGUGGAGCGAAGAAGUCGCGCACAUUAUGAAGGAGAUGUUCGAUCUAGGCGAAGGCCCCGAUGUGGUCCUGGAAGCAACUGGAGCCCAGGCAUGCAUUCAGACUGGGAUUCACUUGACCAAGAAGGGUGGCACCUACGUGCAAGCGGGUAUGGGACAUGAGAAUGUUGUCUUCCCCAUCACCACGGCCUGUAUCCGCGAUUUGCACAUUCGCGGUUCCAUUCGGUAUACUGUCGGCUGUUACCCAACUGCGGUGGAUCUUAUCGCCAGUGGAAAGAUCGAUGUCAAGCGGCUCAUCACGAAUCGCUUCAAGUUUGAAGAGGCCGAGGAGGCAUUUGAGCUUGUGCGGCAAGGGAAGGAGAGCGUGAUUAAGGUGAUUAUUGAGGGUGUUUCAGUAUAA